CUAGCAGCAAAAACAAUGGCGUCGCAUUUCAGCGGAGUGCUUCAGCUCACGGAUUUGGAUGAUUUUAUUACUCCGUCCCAGGAAUGUGUGAAGCCUGUAAAGGUGGAAAAGAAGCAGGGAAGAUCCGUAGCUAAAAUCCAGAUAGAAGAUGAUGGCAGUUAUUUUCAGGUCCAUCAGGAUGGUCAAAGGCAAAAAUUGGAGAAAGCGAAGAUUACACUGAACGACUGUCUGGCUUGCAGUGGCUGCAUCACGUCUGCGGAGAGUGUCCUGAUCACCCAGCAGAGCCAUGAGGAACUGAACCGUGUGCUACUUCAAAAUAAGCAGGUCAGCAGUAGUGAGCAGAAGGUGGUGGUGGUGUCUCUAUCUCCUCAGUCCAGAGCCUCUCUAGCAGCACACUAUGGUCUCAACAGCAGCGAAGUGGCUCGGAGACUCACCAGCUUCCUGAAAAACUUGGGUGUCCAUUAUGUGUUUGACACCGCCUUCAGCCGCUCAUUCAGCUUAUUAGAAAGCCAGAGGGAAUUUCUAGAGCGAUUUAGUCGGAAGGAAGUAGACAAGAAGGCUCUACCGAUGCUGGCAUCUGCCUGUCCUGGCUGGAUUUGCUAUGCUGAGAAGACUCACGGUGAAUUCAUCAUUCCGUACAUCAGCACAACCCGCUCGCCCCAGCAGAUGAUGGGUUCUCUAGUUAAGGGCUAUUUUGCCUCGCAGAAGGGUGUUUCACCACAGAAGAUCUACCAUGUGACCGUAAUGCCCUGCUAUGAUAAGAAACUAGAGGCUUCCCGACCAGACUUCUACCUCAACGAGUACGAGACCAGAGAGGUGGACUGUGUCAUCACUUCAGGUGAAGUUCUGAAGAUGUUGGAAGAGGAGAAAGUGUCCUUGAGGGACGUGGAAGUGGCUCCUUUAGACACAAUGUUCAGUAAUGUAUGUGGGGAGGAGUUGCUGAGUCAUGCAGGAAGUGGAUCGGGAGGAUACCUUCAUCACAUCUACAAACAUGCCGCCAAACAGCUGUUCGGGGUUGAAGUAGAUGAACUGACUUACAAGACUAUGAAGAACAAAGACUUCCAGGAAGCAACUCUAGAGAGGGACGGUCAAGUUCUGCUGCGGUUUGCUGCCGUCUAUGGCUUCAGGAAUAUUCAAAACCUGGUGCAGAAGCUGAAACGUGGAAAGUCACCUUACCACUUUGUAGAAGUGAUGGCAUGUCCGUCAGGAUGUCUUAAUGGCGGCGGACAGCUUAAGCCUUCGUCAGAUCAAACUAACAAAGAGUUGCUGCAGCAGGUGGAGGAGUUGUACCGCGGUGAACGUACUUCAGUGCCAGAGCAGGACUCACGAGUGGCUGAACUCUAUCAGAGCUGGUUAAAUAGCGUAGGUGAGGAGAAAGCCAGACAGUUACUGCACACCCAGUACCACGCAGUAGAGAAAAACACCAAUGGACUCAGUAUAAAGUGGUGAGGAGACACUGAUCAACUGUUUAUGUUGUUUCUUUGCCUUUCGUUUAAGUGUUUAGCAAACCACUGAACACAUAUGUGUGUGAAGUCGGUCUUUAAGACGCAUUUAACACUACACCAGCUAAUCGCAUACAGACAUCGACAAGUGUGGUUAUGCAAGUAAUAUUUCCUGGAAAUAUGCUUCUGUUAAGAAAGUUGAGGUCAGAUGACAUAUCAAACCGCUCUUUUAUAACAAUAGCCAUUUUUCUGUAAAUGUUGCCUUGUGUUUUUUUUUUUUUCUUUCAUUUAUUUGUGAGUUUGUUUUUUGUUUGUGAAAGUGUUGAAUGCAAAAGAUUCAGUAGAUGUUACUAUACAGUGUGCACUGGAAAUAUAUUUUUAAAUAUAUUUUGAUUUAUGAUAAUAAAAAAUCUGAUUGCAUGUUGCCAUGCAUAUAAUCAUUCCACGAAUGUAAUUCUAUUUAUUGAGAAAAUAAACGAUGAAUAUAUUCAA